AUUUAAAAGAUGGGCAACUCUGCUCGUGGGGUCUGGGGUUUCUAGUAUUUGUGAGGAUGUUGCGGCUGUUAAAUAAACGUUUUUAUUGCAAAUUUGCAACUAAAACGAAAGUCCGACCCGAGAAAUUGAACUUCAAGCAACUUACCCACCCUACCAAGGUUCCGCAGACACCAGUAAAGGCCGCCUUCCCGAAUACCAGUGCCAACGAAAUAGAACUUGACCCAAAGAGCAUUCAAUUGCUAGAGCGCCUGGCUUUGGUGGAUCUGGACAGCGAGCGGGCAUUAGAAACCCUUAAAAGCAGCAUCCAGUUUGCGGACAAGAUAACCCACAUCCAAACCGACAACGUUCGUCCACUUUAUACGGUAUUGGAGCAGCAGCAACUCCAGUUACGCAACGACUUGGUGACAGAGGGCGACUGUCGUGGCAAAGUUCUGAGCAACGCCAAAGUGACGGAUGAGGACUACUUUGUCUCCCCGCCAGGCAACAUUCCUUUGGAACAAUGA